CGGUGGAGACGCGUCCCGCUGGUGUGUGAUAUCCGAACUUUAUUCUCUUCCAACUCGGCAAAACUCGGCCCAGACAUGAUCAACCUGACGGAAGGCGCCAUAGAGGUUUUGGCGAAGGGCAGCGACAUGAAAGAAGCGGUGCUUCAGCUGGUGUUCAUUCGUAAGCUUGAGGGGGGAAAUGGUCCAACCCGAUUUCGACUGGUUAUGAGUGAUGGACUGCACACCCUGUCCUCCUUCAUGCUUUCCACCCAGCUCAAUUCCAUGAUUGAGGAUAAGAAACUGGCCCCAAACUGUGUCUGUCAUCUCAAGAGGCAUGUGACCAAUUUACUAAAGGAUGGAAGACGGGUGGUGGUCAUUCUGGACUUAGAGGUUGUCGUGUCUGCUGAAGACGUCAGUGGGGCGAUUGGAAAGCCCACUCCCUACGUUGAAGGUCAGAGUAAAGGUCAACAAUCAGCACCCAACCCUCAAGUCCGCCCCCUGCAGCCCCAGAAUGGAAAUGACGUGAACAGAGGUCUCAAUAGAGACUUCGGGAAGAAGGCUCCAUCUGCCAUGCCUGCUACUCCUGGGGGAACCUCCAAAAUUGUGCCCAUUGCCAGCCUCAACCCCUACCAGUCUAAGUGGACCAUUCGUGCCCGUGUAACCAACAAGAGCAGUAUCCGUACCUGGAGUAACUCCCGUGGAGAGGGCAAGCUCUUCUCCAUGGAGAUUGUUGAUGAGAGUGGUGAGAUACGGGUGACAGGGUUCAACCAGGAGGUGGACAAGUUCUACAGCCUUAUUGAUACUGGCAAGGUGUUCUACAUCUCCAAGGGCACCUUGAAGAUGGCCAACAAGCAGUAUACCAACCUGAAGAAUGACUACGAGAUGACACUCAAUGGAGACUCCACCAUCGUCCCUUGUGAGGACGGUGGUGAUGUUCCCAUGUUGCAAUGUGACUUUGUCCCCAUCGGCGACCUGGAGAGCAGAGAAAAAGAUGCCGUUAUAGAUGUGAUUGGAGUGUGCAAGACCGUGGAUGAGGUGACCCGCAUCACCACCAAGUCCAACCGUGAGACGUCAAAGAGGACGAUCAGCCUGAUGGACACGUCGAAGAAGGUGGUCACCGUCACACUGUGGGGAGAGGAGGCAGAAAAAUUUGACGGCUCGGAACAGCCUAUCCUAGCCAUUAAGGGGGCCAAGCUGUCUGACUAUGGGGGUCGGUCCCUGUCUGCCUCCUUUAGCAGCACGCUAAUGAUCAACCCAGACAUUCCUGAGGCACAUGCACUCAGGGGCUGGUACAACAAGGAGGGUCACGGCAUCGAUGGACAGUCUCUGACUGUAGUCGGUGGUGGUGGAGGUGGAGGCAACACCAACUGGAAGACCCUGGCUGAAGUCAAAACCGAGCAACUAGGGCACGGAGACAAGGGUGAUUACUUCAGCUGUGUUGCUACUGUAGUUUACCUGCGCAAGGAAAACUGCUUGUACCAGGCCUGCCCCAGCCAGGAUUGCAACAAGAAGGUGGUGGACCAGCAGAACGGCAUGUUCCGCUGUGAAAAGUGUGACAAAGAGUUUCCCAACUUCAAGUACCGGCUCAUCUUGUCUAUCAACAUCGCAGAUCAUGCUGACAACCAGUGGCUGACGUGCUUCCAGGAUAGUGCAGAGGCCAUUCUAGGUCAGAAUGCUGCUUACCUCGGACAGCUCAGGGACUCGAAUGAAACUGCCUUUGAGGAGAUCUUCCAGCAAGCCAAUUUCCACUCCUAUGUCUUCCGCAACAGAAUCAAACUGGAAAGCUAUAACGAUGAAUCCAGGCUCAAGGCCGUCGUGAUGGAUGUGAAGCCUGUUGACCAUGCCGAGUACAGCAAGAGGUUGAUCAUCAACAUCAGGAAAAUGGCUGCCCAGUAGGAACCUGACCUCGAUUCACGCGAAAUGAUAUUUUUAGUUUCCCCUCGUUUCCAAGACCAACCGAUAAUCCUUUUUGUUCUCCGCCCGUGUGUGUGCUUGUUUUUUGUUUUUUACUUUCCCAUCAUUGAUCAGUAGCGUGAAGCUGCAGGGUGCGCUAAUGGAGCAGUUUUGGCUGUUGGCCUUCUCUUUGAGAAAUGGUGGACUGGCUCCUUGAAAACUGCUGGGGGGUUUUUUUGUGGGUUUUUUUUUUUUAAUGAAUAAACCUGUCAGAGGGACUUUAGGUGAUGGAGAAAUGGCCAGAGAGUGGGUCAGUUAAAGUGGAAAAUAAAUCUGUGUCUGUCUGGAGUUUGCUGGUGUUUUGAGGGCAUGUAGGGGUGUAGGCUUUAAGCAGUGCACCUGCACUGUAGCUCGCACUCUUUCCAUUCUCUGACUUACCUUCAAAGUGACGGGGCUGGACCUGCACAUUCCCGAUAAGACCGUUUAUUCCCUAUCUCAGUCCCUGCUUCACACAUGCAAAUAAAACCACACACACGUUAAGCUCGGUGGGCCUGGUGGAAAUGUUCUAGACUGUAUUUAUGUAGAUAAAAGGUUUGGUCUGUAUUUGCUAUACCAUAAGUUGCUUUUGUUUUUUUUUUGUUAACUGGAAAAGUAAAUGCAAAAAUAAAGAUGUUUGUUGUC